AUGUCUGGAAAAGGUACUAUCAUCUUGACAGGUGCAAACGGUGGCAUUGGACUUGCCGUGGUGCGCAGGAUUUUGUCCCAGCCGGACCUUGUUGCCUACCACGGUCUGUACGCCGUUCGCGACUCAUCGUCAUGUCAGAGGUUACGAGCCGUCCUGGCUGAUCCUGCUGCUGGGCCUCACUCACACGACGUUGUAUCCUUAGACCUAACCUGCCUAGAUGAUGUGCGCAAGGUAGCUACCUCCAUUAACGCACGUGUCGCAGCUGGAGAAAUCCCGCCGAUCCGCGUGCUCAUUCUAAACGCAGCGUACCUGGAGUUUGAGGAACAGACGUGGACUCCCGAAGGCUUCGACACGAGCUUUGCCGCAUCCUACCUGGGCCACUGGCUGUUAACCUUGAUGCUACUCCAGAGUAUGGAUAAGGAUCGCGGUCGUAUUCUCGUUAUCGGAAGUUCCGCUCACGAUACAAAAGACUCGCGCAAUAACGCAGGUGCACAAUAUGUUGAGGAGAAAUGGCGGACCAUAUUUCAUGAUAGCACCGAACCUAUAGCUAAGGGCACAUGGAGUUCAACUAAAGAGGACCCUUCAUUCCGCGGUGGUUACCGACGCUAUGGCGCAGCUAAGCUGUGUCAAGUAAUGAUGAUACCGGAACUCCAGCGCCGGAUCGACGCAGACCCUGUUCUAAAAGAUAUUUCUGUCCUUGGUAUCGACCCUGGCUCAACCCCUACUUACCUUGUUCGCCGAGGUGACUGGAGGAUAACCGGGCUUUGGACGUAUAUCAUGCCCUGGUUGGUGGUAAUUCUGACAUGGCUCUGGCCGAACGGGACCAACCGCACUGUUACGAAGUCCGCCAGAGACAUCGUAACGGCCGCGUUCGACUCGAACCCAACUAUAGGCGAGAGGCCAAAAGCGCUCUACUUAAAUGGUGAGGAGCUAAGGGAUAUGGCUGCCGAAGCAAGGGAUCCCAAGAAGCGAUCUAUCUUAUGGAAAGAUACUGUGAAGUAUACCGGGCUGAAUGGAAAGGAGACCAUUCUCGCCAAUUGGGAGUAA